CUUUUCUUGCCCUUCCCUCCCACACUCCAUCUUACGACUCAUCCUUCAACUUCCUAUUCCUCUCGACCGCAGCACCUUGUUACCUACUACCUGCCUCUAGUCACGCACAUUUCUAUCCAGCCCUGGUCUCUACCUAGACUCCCCUCUCUCUCACUCUCUUAUCAGCAAAUCUGCCUCAGUUAUUUUGAUUUCCCUUCGUAUCAAAUGGCACCGCCAUAGAAAAGGAAGGGACACGGAAGAAAAGGGGACUUGGCUGGCGACUUCGGCAACCCUAAAGCAACCAUGAUUUUCACGUCCACCAUGUCCAACAACAACAACAACAACAACAAACCUCCCAACCUUUUCCGCCUUCCCGGCGAGAUACGCAACCAGAUCUACGAGUCCCUCCUCGUCUUUCCGGAGCCCAUCAUUAUUCAUACCUCUACCGACGAAGAACGGAACGAUCAGAGAGACGGCGACAAGUCCAAGAGUGGUGCAGUGGUGCGGGUGCACCUCGACAACGCCGACGAGCGAAAGCGCUGGCCGCUUUCCUCCCGCCUGCUCACCGUCUUCCUCAUCUGCAAACAAAUCCACUCGGAAGCCAGCGCCGUCUUCUACUCGCACAACCAAUUCCGGGCACCACCUGCCCUGUGCCGGUUCCCCUCCGCCCAGCUGCAGUCCAACUAUGUCAUGCGCGGCUUCAUCGACCGAAUUGGGACGCGCAACCUGACCUCUCUCCGCCACUUGUGCAUCCCGUUCCCGCUUGACUCGGGAGCGGGGCAGCGAUACCUGGACUGGCCGACGCGCCGGUCAUUCGAGGGCCUCCUGGGCCUGUCUCCGGCCAAGCUUGAUGCUUUGGUCUUUCGCGCUAACGUGGUGCCCGGUGCGCUGCCGAGUCUUUGGCGGAGGUGUCCGAAUGUUGAGGUUGUCGAGUUCGAUCUCAGCUGGUCUGGGCCAGGGCAUUCAUUUUGGAAGGUCCGGCCGCACGACCGCGAGAUUUUGCUUGGCAGCAUGGACACGGCGCUGCGAGAGGAGUUCACGCGGCUGAGGGAGAUCGUCGUGAAUAUUCAGUACGACGGGCCGAUCCGGGAGAUCAGCGAGUCGUGCGAGGCGUUGAUGGAGGAGAUGCGCGGAUACGGAUGGAAGGUCGAGGUGCGCGAUUGUAGCGGCGACAAGGAUGAGCGGUUGAGGAUCCCGUACUGGUACCACCCGUCGCCUAGUUCGCACGGCUUUCGGUGGACCGGCGGAUGGGAAGAGUACAGCGCUGCGUUUGCGAGCACUGGCAGUCGGGACGACGACGACGCUGACGACGACGCUGAGCAUGUGAAGCCUACGGCUGAGCGAAAACGGCAGUUUGCGAAGGACAUCGGACGAAAGAUUGUGCAUUCUCGGGCGUUUGGAUGGAGCGCAGUCGUGAUCUUUUCGCCGACGAUUCCUGUGCUUAUGGCUAUCGACAGCAUCAACAAGAGGAGGAGGAAGCGGAAGAUCGAGAAGCUGAGUUCAGGGCAAUCGACUGCUAGCGUCUCGCAUCAUGGUUCGGUUCGGGAAUUCCGGUAGGCUGGGAAUUGAGGGGGGAACAGCCCGGCCGAAGGAACGAACGAAUGAACGACUUUUGUAGAUUGGCUACGAUACGUGCUGGUUGCGACAUCUGAACGGUCGCGGUAGACCGUCUGAGGCAAAACAAUCGGGGCGUGACGAGUAUAACGACACCUAGAAAUCUGAUGAUGCUGGUUGGGAUGGGAUGGAGGAGUGGCGGGAUGUCUCAACCAUAGGGGUUGGCGUGUGACUCCACACUUGCAGGAGAAGGAGUAUCGCGGUGUGCUGGCCAUGCCGGCAGCGCCUGGUAACGCGAAAUCCAUGCACAGAGGUAAGAUGCGAUGAAGGAGACCAAGGCCGGCGUCGGGCCGGAAUCAAACGCCGUCUGCCGUCUGCCGUCUACCGGCUGACAUGGACGAUGCAGUCACCCAGAGAUACCUGCAUAGGGGCGUCCUCGUGCUGCUCUACAUUAUAUUAACGUUGGGAAUUCGGACCCUUUUUAGACCUUUCCUAGGUACUCUUCAAUAUCCUGAACAUGCUGCUUUUUUCUCCUUGUCACGACUUCUUUGCUCUCCUUUUCCUCGGCGUUCUAUUGUUGGACUUGACUCAUCAUUUGUUUUUUUUUUUUUUUUUUUUUUUUGUUUUUUAAGCAUAGAGGUAUGUAGAUGCUGCUGAGAUGUAGGUACCUAUGCAGUGCAUCCUGCACUACAAAUAGACAGACGAGGGAUACGCGUGAUUAUCGAAC